ACCAUCAAGAAGAAGAAGAAGACGACGACGAAGAAGUAGUAGACGACGGACUCAGCAUGCGCUGCGUAGCUGAACGUCGGUUAAGUUUCAGCUUCCGGUCUCUAUUAUGAAGAGGAAAAGCUAACGCAAUUGUCGUUCAUAGAUAGUUGUCAAACAAGUUGGACAAAAUGUCAGAUUCAGACUCUGAUGCUGAAUAUUUUUCCUUCGAAGACUUCAGACACCAGAUGGAUUUUAGAAAUACAUUUAUCACCUUCUGUCCAUCAGAGGAGGCUUUGAAGCAGUGGAGCCAUAUCCCUCGUGAUACCAAAAAAGAGGCCACACAGCGGAUGAAAAUAUGUUCCUUCUGGCUUCCUAUUCUCCUGCAGCGUGAGGAGUCCAAUGCCGCCACUUGCUGGGCUGUUGAAAUAGGUCUAAUCAGCUCCAAGGACCAUGAAGACCUAAGUCUGAAGCAGCUGCACAAGAUAGAAACUGUGGAAGCAAUCCUCAGAGCCUUGGAGAAAGGAAGUUUGAAAAUGGACCAAACAAAGCACAUUUUCAUGAUAAGCAACAUGUUUAACUUGCGUUCCAGUGGGGCUUUUGAGGAUGCGUUAUAUUUGUUGGAGCGAACAGAAGAACUUGAUAUUCGCGGUCGCAUCAUGGAGUUUGGUCAUAUGCAUACCUGCCACACAGUCCUACAUUUUGUCUUCACAGAGUUUGCUAAGUAUAUUCAGGACAUGAGCAAUAACUUGGAGAGGACAAUGAAGUCACUGAUGGCUUGUCCGCCUGAGUAUCUCAUAGAGAAAAGUGAAGGAAUGAAGAAGAAAGGAAAUGAGAGCUUUCAGAAACAGCAGUAUGACGAUGCUGUGAGGUUUUAUACCAAAGCCAUCAAAUAUUACCCUGACAACCACAUAAUUUAUGGAAACAGAGCCCUAUGCUAUAUCCGAUGUAAGAAGUAUCUAAAAGCGCUUGGUGAUGGAAAACGUGCUACUCUGAUAAAACCACUCUGGGCAAAGGGUCACUACCGCUACUGUGAGGCUUUGUUCAGCAUGGGAGAGGUCAGAAUGGCUGUUGAAGCCAACUGUUCAGCCCAGAUUUUGUGCAGGGAGGAUCAUGAGGGAUUCAAAGACCUGGAACAACAACACUCCAAGUUCAUCACUGAAAUGGCAGAAGCUGUGCCUCCAAAGAGUAAGAACAAAAGACCUGGCAGUGCAAGCAGAGCAGAUUCAGCAGAGUCACGACAACAGUCUGCAAAAACUGUUAGCUUUACAGCUGGUGCAGUAAAGAGCAAAUCUCCACAGAGCACAGUCACAGAGGUUAAAAAGGACAAACAAAAAGGGAAAAGUGGUUGGACUGCGCAGGAAGAGGGCACAGCUAGAAACUCUAAGUCCUCAGAAAGUGAGUUUUUUAUGAAGAAUGAAAAAGAAGAGUCCAGCGCCACAACAAAGAAUUCAGUGAGCAAAACAUUCAAGUUUGAAGAUGAGACCCAGAAAGUGGCCCACAAUAAAGCAAGUGUGUGUAAAGAGUUGAGAUCUGUGGUGCAGGAUGCCCAUACUGCUCUGGCCGAUUUCCGCAGUCGCAACGCACAGCGGGCCUUCAGCCAGGCACUGGCCAUACUGGAAACCAAUGCACCCAAGGAACUGGGACUUUCCACACUGGAUGUACUGUUGUUACUGUAUGGUUGUGUAUCUGCGCUAACAGAAAUCGGCCAGCCUGAGGAACUUGCAGUAGCACAAAGACUUCUGGAGAAGAUGAAAUCAUUUGAGGAGAGGACCUUCCAGUGUCUGGUUUAUUAUGCCAUUGGCAGGGUGUUUCUCAAAGAGAACAGGUUUGCAGUUGCUCUGGAGCAGUUUUCAGAUUCCCUGCAGAUGGUAAAGAAUCAAAUAACACCUGGUAAACUCACAUGGCCUUUAACCAAAGAGAUUGUCAAAGAAACACAACCAGACUAUUUCAAGGAAAUUCUGGAGAGCGCUAUAGAGUUGUGCAAAUUUCCUCCUAUUCCUGAUGCCAUUUGUCGACUUGAGAAAUGUGUUAGCCAUUUGAAAGCUGAAAUCUACUUCACUGAUCCAGAUUUUAAGGGCUUCAUUCAGUUAUGCUGCUGUGAGAGGUGCACUGUUGAGUACCACAUUGCCUGCUGGAAGGCCCUCAAGACAUCAGCCUUCUCUGAAAAGAAUGAGAAGGAUUUCCUCCAAGAAGCAUGUUUGACUCCAGACUGUGUCGGCCAGAUCUGUAUUAUCAAAAUCUUUGGUCCAACAGGCCUGAUGAAAUGUAAGUUUGAAGCCAAUAUUCCCAAACCACAGACUCCAAAGAUGCAAAAAGUGAAUCAGAAAUGUACAAGUCUCAAGAAGUUAAAGUCAAAGGAAGAACGUAAACUCAAGAGGAAGCAGCAUAAAGCGUCAUUUCAGGAGAAUCAGGUUAUCAAUGAUGAGAUUGUGCAGAAGAAAGAAGACUCGGCAUCUCAGACUCAGCAAAAAGCCUGGUUGCUGUACAGGGAUCAUGUUCUUCUGCAGAUCAGCCAGAACAUGGAGCUGCUGAGAGAGGAGAUGGGCCUCCACGUGUCAAUCCUGACUAGCAGCCUGAAGCCGUGGCUGCAGCUGGACUUGUCGAGGGGGAACCAACUAGCUGGAAGGAUGCUGAACUGGCAGCAGGAGCCGCUAGAAACUUUAGGUCAGGCUGUUGAGCUCUUACUAGAGAGGAAGAACCGGGUUUGGGCUCGUGUCCUUAUCCAGCUACUCAGUAGCUGUCUGGAUGUAAAUCCCAAACUGAACAACUGGGCGUCCAAGCUCAACGAUGCAGGCCUGAACGCUGCCAAAUCCUUCAUUGAACGCUACGCAGCACACUUGGAGCAACUGAACCUGGACCUUCUGCUGAACUUUGGCCCAUUGCAGGAGAUGAUUAUAGAGAAGCUCGGUACUAGGCCGGAACUUUUUUUAAACAUUGGCUUCACUGUGACUGAAUACCUAAAACGGGCCCCACCACAUGACAUGAGACUCUUUAUCUGGACUCUGGAGGAGCAUAGGGAUCACUAUCUUUCCUGCCAGGCUAUACUGGAUGAGUAUUUUGAUAUGAUGGAUGGACAUUGUUCAGUCUUAAAAAAGUCUGAUGAAAAUCAAAAUAAUUCUCCUAUGAAGACUAAGAGUCGAAGCAGGAAAAAGAAACAGAAAGAGCCAAAGGGUGUUAUUGUUUUUUCUGGGAUGAGAGGUGUAACUCCAAGAAAUGAGGUAGACCAAGACCUUUUUGAUGACAACUCUUUAUCAUUCCUUCACCCUGCUGAUCCAUUCAGUGUUCCCAGUCACCUUCGAGAACAAGUGGCUGAUUUUGAGGACCAGUACAACAGCACCAGACACAGACGUCACUAUAAACAGCUUUUGGACAACAACCCUGACCCAACAAGAGAGAGUUUGUAUGACUAUUUUGCCCAGAUCUUGGAAGAGCAUGGUCCCCUGGUUGCUGAGGAUCCCCUGCUGGUGGGUGAACUGGAAAAUUUCCCUCAGGUGGCUCAGCUGAAGAUCCAAGAAGCGGGUGGCUUUGAGUCCUUCCUCCUGGAGUCUCUUCGCUUCAUAAAGAUGGGGAGUCGUAUUGGACUGGCUCAACAUGCAGUCUCCCUGCAGCAGGCUGUACGUGGAGCCGGUCUGGAUGACCUGGAUGUCCUGGAUGCCAUAGGAGAUUCUGACACAAACUGUCCAUCUCCUUAUUCACAUGAAACUGAUUUCACUUUUUUAGCAGAAACUGAUACCUGUCCCAUCCUCCCUAGUCCUUAUGUAUAUGGCCUCCAGUCCUCUAGUGAAGAUCCUGAUCCUAUAUGCAGUGUCCCAGAGAAUUAUCUCUUCAACUGGAGUACUGGAGACAGUGAACAGCAAGAACCUUACCUUUUUUAUAAUGAAUGGGAAGAGCUGAACAUUUAUGACUGCGAACUCAAUGGUGUGGACAUGGAUCCAUGUUUAGACACAGUUACUUUAACAACAACUGAAGCAGACCUUUUGAAGAAACAUGCAGAAGUGCAGAAAUGUCAGGAGAUCACGAGGAGUGUAGCAGUGAACACAGAGCUUCAUGAGCGUUUUGAGAGCUGCCAGGGUGACAUCAACAAAAAGCAAAAGAGCAUCAAGAAGUUGGAGCAGCAGAUCAAGAAAAUGGCAAACGGCUGUGUCAAAGUCAACCUAAUGCAUAAAGAAGACCUCAGCUCCCUGGAGGAAGACAUAGAGCAGAUCACUGUCAAUAUACAAGUGACCAACAAAGAGCUGGUGCUGUUCCAGCAGAAGCUGGAAGAGGAGGUCAAGAAGGACCAGAAAGAGAAGAAAGCCAACCAGGAAGUACUGAAGUCCCUCAAGACAGAGAUAGAAAAGCUGGUUGAGGAACAUGGGAGUUUGACCAUAAACAUCCAAGAGAAGAAAGCCAACUAUGACGCAAAGUUUACCGACUUCAUAGAGCUGUGCAAUCAGUCAGCAGCCGAGAAGAUGAGUCUAGAGGAUGAGAUCAAACGUUGUAAAGCCUUGUUGACCUCGGCCUCCCGGAGGUCUCUCACAGCUCAGUUAUCAGUUGUUGAGAGCAGCCGGGAUCAGGGUUUAUAUGGCCUCUACAUAGAGCUGGCAGAGGCAAAGGCUUUGCUGACCAAACUAGAUGAAGUAGCCCACAGAUUUCCUAACCAAGACAUGGAAAUGACUAGAAACAGCUGCAGAUCCAAAAUCCAAGAAGUUGAAAAGAAAAUCUCUGCUGCUGAGACACAGUACAAGGAGCAGAUCAAUCACAUAAAGAAUGGCAGAAGAGUCAGUGAGUUGCUUCCAGUUCACUUCAGCAACCAGCCUGAGUCUGCAGCUGCACCAUCUUCAGCCCAGGCGGCACGCAGCACUCCCUCGCCUAUCCAGCCAUCCACAGCUCCAUCUGCAGCUGAGGCACCAGCCAUCCCGGCUCAGGCACAGCACAAAUCUCCAACCAGGACUCUGGAGCCUCCACACAGCACCAUAUUUGAGAAAGCCAUGGAGCGCCUGGCCUCCAUUUUCCCUGCCUAUACAAGGCCUGACUUGAUGAGGUUCAUUCAGGAGUUGCGUUCCUCCAGCGGUGGAAGCAGUAUGUCACUGCAGGAUGUGGUCAGUGGUGUGACUCAACUGAUCUUGGACCAUCAGGACAAGCUGACUUCUGCCAGAACCAACACUGUGGGCCGUGGAAAUCGAGCUCGGUGCGCUACUCCUCCUUUGGCAGCCCCAGCUACGGUCUGGCAAACAGUUGGAACCCAGAGGGCCACACACUCCAGUGCACUGAACAUGGAGGAUCCUUGCAUCAUCUGUCAUGAUGACAUGAGUCCAGAUACCAUCUUUGUGCUGGAGUGCAGACACAGCUUCCAUAAAGAGUGUAUCAGGUCCUGGCUGAAGGAGCAGAGCACCUGUCCCACCUGCAGAGAUCAUGCCUUGCUGCCUGAAGAUUUCCCUGUUCUGACUGGCAGGAGACACCAGGCCCCGUGAUGGCUUAACCUUCAUUUCUGUUUUUCACUGCCCAAAUGUAGGCUUUCAUAAUUUUUUUUUUUUAACAAUUUAUUUUAAAUCCAUGUAUUAAACCUUUUUGGUAUUAAAAUCUUGCUGUACAGGGAGACACCUGCUUUUGCUUUCAAAAAAUA